ACAGAUGAGAUGGAUGAUGAUGGAGCUCGUCCACUGGCUGAGUCUCUGCUCCUGGCCAUGGCCGACCUGCUCUUCUGUCCUGACUUCACUGUGAACAGCCACCGGAGAGGACCUGACUCUGUGGAGGACAUGCAGACCAUAGACAGCUGUGAGUAUAUCUGGGAGGCAGGGGUGGGGUUCGCCCAGUCCCCCCCACUCAACUACAUCCACGACCUCAACAGGACGGAGCUGCUGAGGUUGCUGCUAACCUGUUUCUCUGAGGCCAUGUACCUCCCUCCCUCCUCAGACAACACCAUCCUCAACCCCUGGGUCAGCUUCUUCUGCUCCACAGAAAACAGGCAUGCCCUGCCUCUCUUCACCUCCCUGGUAAACGUGGUGUGUGCCUACGACCCGGUGGGCUAUGGCAUCCCUUACAAUCACCUGCUCUUCUCCGACUACCGGGAGCAGCUGGUGGAGCAGGCCGUGCAGAUCCUCAUCGUCACCCUGGAGCACGAUGGAGGAGGGCUGGCCCACCGACCCCCCUCUCCCUCCAGCAUGGAGGACCAGGAUUCUGUGGGCCCUGACAACCUGUUUGUAAACUACCUUUCAAGAAUUCACAGGGAAGAGGACUAUGACUUUGUGUUGAAGGGACUGGCUCGCCUGUUGGUAAACCCACUGAUGCAGACCUACCUGCCCAACUCCACCAAGAAGAUCCAGUUCCACCAGGAGCUGCUGGUGCUCUUCUGGAAGCUCUGUGACUUCAAUAAG